ACGAAAGCGAAAGCGGGGCGGCGGACAGGCAGCGCAGCCAUGGCGGGGCCGCGGCCGGGCUCCUUCCCGCUGCUGGUGCGGGGGGACUGGGGCUCCGCGGAGCCGCCGGCCGCGCUGCGCAAGAAGCUGCUGCUCUACUUCCAGAGCCCGAAGCGCUCGGGGGGCGGCGAGUGCGAGCUGCGGGAGGGGGCCGGGCAGCUGCUCGUCUGCUUCGCCCAACCCGACGUGAAGCAACAAGUUCUUGAGAGACAGACUCAUGAGCUGGAUUUGGGAGAAAAAGGGAAAUUGAAGUUGAUUGUCACGGAGCUUGAAGCAGCAGCUGAGCAGGAAGCAUUUGAGGAAAAAUUAGUGCCCACAAAGGCUCUGGAUGCCACGGGUGACCUUCAAAGAGAAGGAGGAGCUUUGCAGAAAAUGGAGAAUGAUUUUCCAAACAGUGAACGCCAGGAGAGAGCUCACUCUGUGGAGAAGACUGCAGAACAAUCUGCAGAGACUUCGCCUUCUGUGGUGCUUGAAAAUGUUGAAGGAUGCAGUGCAAAAUGCAUACAGAUGCUGUUGGAGAAUGUCAGUGGCUUAGCUGUGGAUUAUGACUUCACUGUGGAAAUGAUACCAGAGUUAAAUGUCGCUGUAGCUACUUUUCUAAAAAGUAUUGAUACUCAAGAAUUCAUCAACAAAUGUGCACAAAACAAAAGAGUGAAAAAAUUCAAUAUAACUGCCAGGCUUCUUGAAGUGACUCGCAGCAUCAAGGCUGAGAAUGUCCCAGAUAACGUUUCCACAGACUAUCUCACAGUUUAUUUUGAGAGUGCACGAAAUGGAGGUGGACCUGUGUCAGACAUCCAGCUCUUCCCCGAGGAGAACUCAGCCAUCAUUACUUUCUGUGAUCACAAAGAUCUAAACACUGUCUUGGAAAAGCAGCAUUUACUCGAACAAACGCCAAUUUCUGUGCAUCCAUAUUACCACUCGCUGGGAACAGCUCUAUAUGGAAAAGAAAGACCAGAUAUCAAGAUGCCAGACUCUGUGGUGAUGCCACUAGAUCCCUAUGUCUGGCAGUUUUUGCAAAGGCAAGAUAGACUGAUUGAAGCAAUAAACCAGGAAAUGGCAGUUUGCCAUUGUUGUCUAAAAUGGCCUCAGACAGAUUGUGCUCAACCAGAAAUCACCCUGUGUCCGUCAUCAUCUCUCUCUGAGCAGAAGAAAACAGUGAUUAAGUUGAUAAAGACCUGGAAGCAAGAUGUUUCCACUGAGUUCUCACGUAUCAUGUCACGCUACACAGCUAUACAGCGUAAAGUAAAUUCAGCAGAGUGGAAAGAUGUGAAGAACAGAUUGAUGAAAGAUGGCAAUUUGUUCAUCACUGAUAUUUCUGAGGAGAUGGUGGUGAUAGCAGGCAACAGAGCAGCAGUGGACAGUGCAGAGAAAGAGGUGAGGGAAUGCAUGGAAAAAGCCAUGGAGGAAAGUGAAAGGGAAAGACAAAACAUAGAAAUUUCUGUGUCGAUCAUCCCAGGGAAGUAUGCAGUUUUGCACAAUGCUGGGCUAGAAGAGAGUAUUCGCAAAGAACAUCCAUGCUUAAAGAUCUCUUAUGAUGACACGAAGAAGACUGUUCUGUUGUGUGGAUUACCUGCAGAAGUUUAUAAAAUUAAAGCCAACUUACUGGAAAGGGUAUUGAAUAUGCCCUCGACAUCAGUUAACGUUAAUCGCAAUAUUUUCUUAUAUCUGCUGAGCGUGAAUAGUAAGAAAAUGUCAGAGAUGUUAUUUGCUGCGAAAAAAAUUAAUGCUUUUUAUGAGCUUGAGGAUGACACUGUGAUGCUAUUUGGAGAGGCUUCUGAAGAUCUUUCAGAAGCAGAAAAGCAAUUAAAGGCAAGCCUAGCAUAUAAAAGCAUUGACGUGGAGGACUGUAAAGUCACUAAAAUGAAAGAGUGGAGUUGUCUGCUUGCCUCCUUGCGUAAGAAGUACUAUUCUUCCCUGGAAACUGUAGUCAUCCAUGAACCUAUUGGAAAUGAAAAUACAGUGAUGAUUACUGGCUUUACUGAGACUGUAAAAGAAGUUUCUCAGAAGCUUUAUGAUUUUAUAGAUAGAAACACGCAGGUGGAAAGAGAAAUCCCGGCUAAGUCGGUGGCAGCAGUGCAGUUCGUAGAGAAGGAAAAAUCUGCUGUUUGUGAUGAACUGAGGAAGAAGGGUGUGACAGUACGCUUUCACACCAAGACACCGUGUAUUUCCCUGAGCGGACCAAGAGCAGAAGUGCCAAAAGCAGCCACUGUGUUGGAAAAAAUUAUCUCAUCCCUUUACUGGAAAGAUGUGCCAACUGAUAAACCAGGGGCAAAAGAGUUCUUCACUGACAGGAAGGAUACAUUUAUUUUUGAAGCAAAGCAGAAAUUUAACUGCCUGAUCAGGAUGAAAGAAGAAGAAGAGCAGAAGAGUGAAAAUGUUGCUGACAAAGAGGAAAGAAAGCUCCACUACAAGCAAACCCUACGAGAUGGAAUUGAAGUACUAGUAUACAAAGGUAACUUGUGCAAUUACCCAGUUGAUGUGGUGGUGAAUGCAUCAAACGAAGGCCUAAAGCACACCGGUGGCCUCGCCUGGGCACUGCUCCAAGCAGCUGGCCCAGAGCUGCAGGCUGAGUGUGACGAGGUGGUGAAGAAGGGCGGGCGCCUGCAGCCUGGGUGCGCGGUGAUCACGGGAGCGGGGAAACUCCCCUGCAAACAGGUCAUCCAUGCCGUUGGGCCCCGGUGGAAGGAGAAAAGUGCGGGAAAGUGUGUGCACUUGUUAAAAAAGACCAUCAGAAAUAGCCUGCAUCUGGCUGAUACGUAUAAUCAUCGCUCCAUAGCUUUCCCUUCUGUAAGUGGAGGGAUUUUUGGCUUCCCGAUGGAGAAUUGCGUAAAUGCGAUUGUAUCAGCCAUCAAGAAAACCCUGGAAGAAUUCAACGGGGACAGCAGCUUGAAGGAGAUUCAUCUUGUUGCUGUUGAAGAAGGAACAGUUCAGGUUCUGAGUGAGACUGUAAAAAAAGUGUUUACAACUAAGCCAUCCUUCCCAGUGCCGCUGCAGGGAUGCUCAACAGGUCACAAGCAGAGAGAGGGCCAGAGGGAGAAGAGAGGAGAGGAUCUUCUCAUGGCUGGAGGUGGUGAGAAGAUGAUUACAACAGAGGAAGGACUGCGCAUCCGAGUGGAGAAGAAGGACGUUAUAUAUGCAACGACGGAUGUUAUCGUCAACAGCGUUGGCACAGAUUUGGAAUUUGGCGUGGGGCCUCUCUGCAGAGCCUUGCUGAAAGAGGCUGGACCAGAGCUCCAGAUAGAGUUUGACAAGAAUAAAGGACAUCAGGAAGGUGGUAAUGGGAACGUGAUCUGCACCAGUGGAUACACUCUAGCUUGCAAGUUCGUGUUUCAUGCUGUGCUUCCGCUAUGGAGCAGAGGAAGUGGACAGGCCCUGAAGACCCUAGCAAAUAUAGUCAAUUUCUGCUUGAUGAAAACUGAAGAGUUUGGAUUGAAUUCCAUCACUUUUCCAGCUAUUGGAACUGGAGGAUUUAGAUUUCCUAAAACCAUUGUUUCUAGGUUAAUGUUUAAUGAAGUAUUCAAGUUCAGCAGCAGUCACACUCGGAAGGCUCUCCAGGAAGUUCAUUUUCUCUUGCACCCAAAUGAUACCGAUAACAUUCAGGCUUUUACCAGUGAACUAAAAUACAGGGUAACUGGGAAGUGGUGUGACACAGCACCACAGCUAGACUUUGUCAAGCCUGUUUCAGCUGAAACAUCAGGAGUUUAUGAAAUGCAGAUUGGUUCCAUUACACUCAAAGUAACUAGUGGAGAUAUUACCAAGGAAGACACAGAGGUUAUUGUUAAUAUAUCCAAUCGAACAUUUGAUGCCACAUCAGGAGUUUUCAAAGCAAUUAUGGAUGCUGCUGGUUCUGAUGUAGAAGAAGAAUGUGAUCAAUACGCUGGACAGCUUGAAAGUGGUUUUAUUACUACAGAAGGUGGUGCACUGUUGUGCAGUAAAAUCAUCCACUUGAUUCACAAUAUGAAUGUGAAGAAUCAGGUUUCCAAAGUGCUUCAUGAGUGUGAGCUAAAGAAGUACAAAUCUGUUGCCUUCCCGGCAAUUGGAACAGGUAAUGCACAACAGAGUCCAGCAAAGGUAGCUGAUGAAAUGUUGGAUGCUAUAGUGGAAUUUGCGAGCAGUAGAUCAGUACAGCAUUUGAAAGAAAUUAGAAUAGUCAUCUUCCAGAGACAUAUGCUGAGAGACUUUUAUGAAAGCAUGAAGAAAAGAGAAGAUUCAAAUUCAUCUGAACCACAAUCACUGAUAUCUAUGUUAAAAUCAUAUUUCUGGGGUGAAAAAAAACCCACCGAGAAGAAAAAGCUCUUGGUUUUGGAGAAGAAAGUUGAUACAGUUACAUUUCAAAUUUGUGGAGAAAGCAAAAAAAAUGUGGAUGCAACUGAGUCCUGGAUAAUAGAUUUGAUUUUGAAGGAACAGUUUGAAAACAGAAUUGUAGAUGAGCUAAUUGAAAAUUUUGAUGAGAGACAAAUCGAGACUUUGGCAGAUCUCCAGAGAGGAAAACAUGUUACCAUUCAGCUUGAUAAGAACCACUCUCCACCUUGCAUUACAAUUUCUGGUAUUAGCAGGGAAGUCUGUUCUGUUUCUGCGGAAGUUCAAAAAAUGAUCCAAAAAAUAAAGACUACUCAAGAAGAACAAUCCAAGGCGAAACUUGUUUAUAACCUAGUAGAAUGGAGGUAUCAAAGUACCGAUGACAUCUUUGUUGCUUUUGAUAAACUGACAAAUAUGCAGCUGGAAGAUGCCAAAGUAGAUAAAAAAACACAUCUGACCGUCAAAAUUAAUAAGAACAACUACAGGGUGGACCUGAAUACUUUGCAGGCUCUUGAUGACCAGGGAGGAAGUAUAAACAUUCAACGUGUGCCAAAGAAUGAAGAUAUGCAGUCAGUAGAGUUCCCGGCAAAGUGGGAAGACAUGGAAGGGGAACGGGUCAAACUGGUGGCCCUCACACCAUCAUGUGAGGAAUAUCUUGAAGUUCAGAAGAGGUUUCAGAAAACCACUCGCAACUUUGUCAUAGAGAAGAUUGAAAGAAUACAAAAUCCCUUCCUCUGGCAGACCUACCAAAUCAAAAAGAAGUCUCUGUGUAUGAAGAACAAAACUCAAGAUAACGAGAAGUUGUUGUUUCAUGGGACAGCUAAAAUGUCAUUGAGCACAAUCAACUACAAUGGAUUUGAUCGUGGUUUUGCUGGAGUGAAUGCUGCAAGCAUUGGAAAUGGAACCUACUUUGCUGUUAGUGCAGUUUACUCUGCUCAGGAUAUUUACUCAAAACCAGAUUCGACUGGCAGGAAAUACAUGUACCUGGCUCGGGUCCUCACAGGGGAGUACUGUGUUGGGAGCAGAGGGCUAGUCACUCCACCUCCAAAAUGCUUAGCGGAUCCUACCGACCUGUACGACAGCGUAGUCGAUGACAUGAAUAUUCCAAAGAUGUUUGUCAUAUUUAAUGACAUUCAGGCAUAUCCAGAAUAUCUUAUUACUUUCAGAAAAUAGAAUAUUCUUAAUAGCCUGGAAAAUGUUGGUGCCUUUUCUAUAUAAAAUGUAACAGGGAAUUUCUUGAUUGCUGUUUACAGUUAGGUCUCUUAAGAGCUUUUUUAAUCUAUCCACGCGUUUAAAUAAGUCUUCAUAUUAUCAGUGCACCAAGGCCAGGAUAAGCAGUUAUUUUAGAAUGCGCUAUUUUAAUACUCACAUUUCAAAUUCAGUUCUGCAGAAGUGUAGGCAAGAGCUGUGAGCACAGCCUAGACUUCUUCCUAAGCAAGGUAGAUGGGAACUGGUAGGAAGGGGAGCUGCUGUGCCGUACCCGUUGCCAUCUAUGCACACUUCGACUUCAGGUUUGCCAUGUGAUCUUUUCAGGAAAAGGGCAGACGUGGCACUGAAGGGCAUGGUGGGGUUGGGUUGAUGAUUGGACUAGAUGAUCUUAGAGGUCUUUUCCAACCUUAAGGACUCUAUGAUUCUAUGCAUUACGUGCAUCCAGCUUCCACCUACAAAGCCAUUUGUUCUGGAGUUUUUAGGAUAGUAAAAAGUGACUAAUUUCUGCUGGAUUGAAUUGCAACAAUAACAUUUCUGUAGCAGCACCGCUUUGGACGGAGUUAUCUAUCGGGAUACUCUCAAUCAUUAGGGACACAUUAUAGGGACAUAUUAUAGGGACACACUCAAACCAUUUGAAAAUGCUUAAUGUUCCGUAAAGCAAAUAGGUAAUGAUAUGCAUACUGCCAAACUUAUGCAGAUUACACACUUGUAGCAAUCAUCUUGCGACAGCUGUCAGUCAAAAGCCAUGUGUGUAUUUCGUUUUAAUAAAAGUAGUUACAAAUAGA